AAACAAUACUCCUUUCUCUCUUUAUCAUUCAUAUUUUAAAGUAUACAUUCCCAAAUGGCUAGUGAGGGUAAUUCUAUUCUUUUCGUUCAUUGGAAUGACUCUAUAAUCCCAAAACAUAAUGAAAUAGAGUAUUCCAUACCUCCUAUUAAAGUGUUGUUCAUUAGUGAAGGAGAUGAUUUUAACACUGUCUACCAAACUGUUUUAGAACAUGUUAGAGGAGGGGGUUUUUCUGAAAUACACGCAAUUUACGGAAAAAUGCCAAAAUAUCAGAAUUCAGUGUAUGUUGGUUCUAAAGUGUGGCCCAUUCACGAUGACCGGCCAUGGAGUCACUUUUUUCGUAUCGCUUUAAAUGAGUACGAAGAAUUGCAAAUUUUCGUGGAUGCUAUAAACAACUCCAUAGCAAUGCCACAAAAUUUGGUUUUCGACGAUGUUCCUACAAAUGCCCCCACUACGUUUCACAAUUUCGGCCAGGUCCAUCAUCAACACAUGGCCGCAGGAGCAACACUGAAACAUUUGAGAACUUCCAGUCCUCUGGGCCGGAUCCAGGAAUCUGGGAUGCCCUAAGCUGAAUAACAAUUAUACUAGGUUUAAAUAUUAACAGGGUGGGCUAAAUGUGAAAAAUGAAAAAAAAAAAUUACACUAAAAAAAUGAUUUUUUUUAUGUUGUCAUGGGUUUCAGCCCACCAUAGCCUAUACAUAGAUACUCAAUUUUCUUGGAAGCUUAGAAUAAAACAAAACCCAGCUUUGUGUAAAUGUUUCAGAGAAGGAUUAUUAGCAAGUGGGUAUACCAUAAGCAUUUCUUCCUGAUUCCCCCGCUCAAUGAUAUUGUUUGACAUCAAUGAAAUUGAAUCUGUGUUCAAUUCGUUUGACUGAUCACUAUGCAUCAUAUCUAUGUAAUGAAUGGCAUGCCCUGGGAUGCAAACGGAAGACAAAAUUUGGUAAGCUCCAGUUUCAUUGCUCACAUGGUAACAUAACAAUGCAGCGGUAAUACGCUUGACCCAUAUCUUUGUUGUAUGGCAAUUGGAAAGUCCGGCCAGUGAGAUAGUUAGAGGGCCAAAAUCAAUAUUUGUAUUUUUGUUACUAAUGGAAUCGUACUCCUAAUUGGAGUGAAUAAUGGAAAUGUUUGUGUCAUUGAUUCAAGAAGUUAUUGUAAAAAUCCUUUCUAUUUUUUAUAAUAAGUCAUUAGUUGGUUGGAGAGGUAAACAUGC